AGAGACACAGCCGUGCCCGUUAAGCACGCUGCGAUCUGCGCCGGUUCUUCCUCAGCGGACAUCUCUGAUCUACCAAAUAUCGCGAAUCAAUCCCGGGAAAAGGUUGUCCUCGUGAUCGAUCUGCCCAUCCAUCUUCCUCCGCACUCUGGUAUCAUCCUUAUCAUCCUUAAUUCCUUCGGUGUGCGACCGUUUCGGACCACCUUUCACGUGCUUCGCCUCAGCACUCCUGCUCCCAUCACCAACAAUAUAGAAAGCCACCCCGCACUUUUUGUCAAAGGUCUCCUCUUUUUUUCGAGUUGACCUACACGGCAAAGUCUAGAAGACCCAAGUCAAUCCCAUAAAAAAAGAGUUAUCGUAUAGAAGGAUCAGUUUCCCAGUCAUCCGGAAUGACACCAAAUCUACUCGUCGCCACCCAAACCCUCUUCUCGCCACACAAAUGGUUCAAGUCGUCACCAAAGAGCGAGCGACCAUGCCGCAAGACUGAACACUGGGAUUCUCCCGUCCCAGGUCUCUACGAGUACAUCCCGGGGCGUGGAUGGUACUUGGUUGCGACAGACAAGUUCGCUACCGCCGAGCUCGACAACGACACACCCGCCCCAUCAACUAUCUUGUCCGAGAAACAAGAAACGACAACCCGCGAGACCAUAAAGAUGUCCCCUCCGGUGCAAGUCAAGUACUCUAAGGUGCUGAAGCGGUACCUGCUGGCCCCGGACUACGAGAUGCGCAAAAAGCACGAUCGCGUCCAGGACUCCAACGGCAAAUGGUACACUGCCGGAUUCUUCCGCCUCGACGACGGCAUCGCGUGGGUUGAGUGCUGGAGCGACCACGGCGAGUUCAUCCCUGGCCCUUACAAGCUCUGGUGCCUCGACCAGACCACCGGCCAGCUCCGCCACAUGCUCAAGUGCGACGACCCGGAGUUCGUCGCCUCGCGCACCAACUCGUUCGAGCGCGAGCCCAGCUCCGCACGCCAGUCCCAGGACUCGAGGAGCACGCAGUUCCGUGGUAGUGGCAUUACGAGUCCCCGCGACGGCCCCAGCAUCGCCAGUACGCGGGCGAACAGCAUCCGGGCCUUCGCACCCUCGGGACCCAGUUCCAGGGCGGGAUCCCAGGCGCCGUCCAGGAGGAACAGCCCCAAGCGGGCUCCCAGCCUACCCCUCGAGGAAGCAAAGGCUAAGCUCAGGAUCAUGGCAGAGCAGCAGAAGAAGAUGGACGUCGAGAGGGAGCGGGAGCGGGAGAAGGCGCGGUCGCGUACCAAUUCCGCCGACUCCUCCACCAGGGGAAGGCGUCCUGACGUCGAGGGCGGACGAUGAGAGAUUCGCAUCGCAUCAUCUCGAGAAACCCUGCCCCCAGAUCUACUACCCCAGAUACAAGACUCUGUGGGACGGGAUGUUCUUCUGUUCUUCUGAAACAUGAAACAUGGCCUGAACUGCGGGCUUGCUUGCCCCGAUCAUGCGGAAACGAAAGGAUCGC